CACUCCUCCUUGAUGUCAUGAAAUGCUGCUUGAUGGCAGGGAACAACAGCCGAUCCAGAUGUUACAGAGACACCAGGGAGCAUCUUCUGUGUUCAAGCUGCUCGUCACUAACGUCUGCCGUCCUGCAGAGGAGCCACGUCUGACUCCAUCCUGUCUCAGCGAGUACCAGGCAGAGGAGCGCGGUGAGCGAAGCAUUCAGCUUUAUCCUUCUCUGAGGAAAUGACCUCAAGGCUGGCUGUCUCUCUUGCUGGCUUCCUCCUGCUCGGGAGCAUAGCUAUCAUCAUAGCUGUGUCAGUCAUCCAGGUUCACAAAACAAAUUAUUUGUCACCAGGCCUUAAGUAUGGGAUCGUCCUGGAUGCAGGCUCCUCACGCACCACCGUGUAUCUCUACCAAUGGCCGGCAGAGAAGGAAAAUAACACCGGGGUGGUCAGUCAGACCCUGAAAUGCCGAAUAGAUGGUCCUGGGAUUUCUAGCUUUGGUCAGGACAUUGAUCAGGACAGAAGCACCUGGCACUCCAUGAAGGCGUGUAUGGCACAAACCCUGGAAACGAUCCCUCUAUCCCAGCACAAUUCCACCCCACUAUUCCUAGGGGCGACAGCUGGAAUGAGGCUGCUGAGGUCUAAGAAUGAAAGUGCUUCUGAUAAAAUCCUGCUGGACAUCAGGAGGUACCUGCAGAGCUUACCCUUCAGCUUUGGAAAUGCCUCCAUCAUCUCCGGUGAGGAGGAGGGCCUGUAUGGCUGGAUCACCGCCAACUACCUGAUGGGAAACUUCUUGGAGAAGAACCUGUGGAAUGCCUGGGUGCGUCCACACGGUGCCAAGACCAUCGGCUCCCUGGAUCUCGGGGGGGCGUCCACCCAGAUCGCCUUCUCCACCCGCCCGGCUGAAGGGCAGGCGCCCCCCGGAUACACGAAGGUGUGGCUGUACGGUUACGAGUACAGCGUUUACACGCACAGCUUCACGUGCUACGGCAAAGACGAGGCGGAGAGGAAGGUUCUGGCAAGCCUCGUUCGGACGUCGUCGUCCAGCCAAGUGAAAAACCCCUGCUUUCACACCGGCUACAGCACCACCAUGUCCGCCGGGUAUAUCUUUGAGACGCCUUGCAACCAAAAGACCUCAAACUACAACCCAAAACAGCAGCUCACCUUGGUCGGGACUGGGGAUCCGGGCCUCUGCCGGUCCGCCGUGCGAGCAGCGUUUGACCUGGCUUCCUGUCAGGGCCGUUCCAAUUGCUCCUUCAAUGGGGUGUAUCAACCCCCCGUUUCAGGGGAUUUUGUGGCUUAUGCAGGAUUUUCCUACAUUACCGAGAUGUUUGGCCUCAACCAAUCAUUCUCCUUGGAUGCCUUCGAUUCCAAAAUCCGGUCUCACUGCUCGUUACCCUGGAAGACAUUAAUAGAAGGAUCUUCUAAAAAGGAGAAAUACCUGCGGUCUUACUGUUACUCAGCAAAUUUAGCAUAUGUUUUGCUGGUUGAAGGUUACAAAUUUAGCCCAGAGACAUGGAAUAACAUCCGGUUUCAAAAUGAGAUAAAUCAGAACAGCGUAGCCUGGCCCCUGGGCUAUAUGCUGGCCCUUUCCAACAUGAUCCCUGCUGAAGCAAAGCUGGUGCAGCUGCCCAUGGCCACCUCCGUCUUCGCGGGGCUCCUCUUCAUGUUCUCCACGCUGGCCAUCCUCUGCUUCAUGUUCCUGGCCAUUGCCUUGGUGCGGGCUUGCUAUUGAAUGGCCACUAGGGGGCAGCACAUCAGUCUCACCUCUUGGAAGAGCAGGUGCUAGGAACCUGCAUCCCGGAGCAGCCUUGAUGAGUUCGAGGAAUGGCUGGUAAUCCUAAGAUUAAUGGCACAGGUCUGUCUGCUGGUUUGGUUUAUCGGAUGUGCAAUGGCAAAAGAGUAUAUAAAGCAGCAGGUAGGUGGCAAACCUGAGAUUCGCAAUAUAAUUAUCGUUACCCUCGCUUAUGUUCUGAUAACUGUUAGCGUGUUGGACCAUGAUGACCGUACACACCGUAAAAUCAUGUUUCCAAACUGUACAGUGAAAUCACUCACGCACAGAACGCUGCAGUUUGGCCCUGGCUUCCUGCAUGAGAUGCACUGAUGAGGACGGUAAUAGUUCCAGUGAAUGCAUACGAGCUUCCUUUUCCAUUGUAUUUAUAUGUAUGAACCAUUAUAUUGUAUGUCUGCCUAUCAUCGCACUGUAUGUGAGACCAACACGCAUGCUUCUUCAUAGAUAUGAAAUGCAUUCCCAAUAAAGUGAACGAUUGAUCGUAA